GGCUGGAACAUCCCGGACCAUCACUCGAAAAGAAUGGCGUUGCGCAUUCCGAUGUCUCAAUCGUAUCCAUUUGUCCCGCCGAAGUCUGGAGCGACAUAUGGUUGCUCACAUGUCGGAAGUCCCACUCUCGUGCCCUUUCCAGUCAGGGCACAAUACAACGGCUUUGGAGGGUCAAAUAUGUACUACAUGGUGGCCCCCGUAUCGUCAGCCUCAAUUUGCUGAAUCCCCCCCGUGGCCUGAUUCCCCUGUGAACUAUUUAGACAUCAUCAAUCCUUAUCCAUCUCAGUCACCGCAUCCAUCACCACCCCAUACGCCUCCCGCUUCACCCGUAUUUCACCAGUUUCCCCGUCUUGUCCAAUCUAGUGCUCUUCAAUCUCCCUCAUUCCAUUCACCUGGCCGUCGCCCCAUUCCGCGGCAGAUCACCAUAGAGAGCAUAGAAGACUGGUCAAAACCAGAGGAAUUUUACGAGUUUGAAGAUCUUCCGACUCUGAGCGAAUUGCCUCCAAAUGCUUCCACUCAUAAUUCCGAGUGGCGUCCGUCCCCGCAGAUUCCCGAAGACUGGAUAGUUUGGCAGCGACCACAGAGCUGGAAGAAGGAGACUUCGACUCUCUUUCAUCUGCAAACUGCCGAAGAUCUGGGUCAUAUGCCACCUUCGUCGAUGGACUACAAUGUUUUCAGUGCACGUGUAAACCAACUGAAGGCAGAAGGCUUACUGGGAAAAUAGCGCGUCUCUGUUAUCUCACACAUUCCUGAAAUUCAUAUCCGGCACAUAUAAUAGUUCUCUUACCAGAAAAAUAUCUCGUAGUUACUUUUUUAUGUACAUAGGUCCACCCCAACGCAGACCCCGCGUCGCAUUUGCUGUAUCAAUUAAAUUCGCUUUGCCUGUUCCGUUCUUCUAAUUUACUGGAAUCUGUCUUGAUUAGUU